AUGCCGCUAUCCAGUUCAGUGUCAACAGAUGGCUCACCAUCACCGUCGCGUCCGCCAUCUCCGGGGAUGUCGCUACUAAACGAGGCGUUGAGUGACAGCAUCCUUCCGACAUUUCCUCCACGCGCACGACUGCCUCAAUCCUUUUCGCCUGCUCGCCUGCUCAGUCGUCCACCUCCAUUACUCAGUAAUCUGCUAUCAACUCUCCCGUCAGUAUCUGUGACUUCCAUUCCUCCACACAUUCAAAAUGGACUCCCUUUAUCCUCUGCAGAUUCUGCAGCUCACAGCGACGAGCCACGUAUAUCGCUGAACCACUCCCUACCCACCCAUUCGUCCAUCGAUACACUGCGUUCGAUCCAUGCAUCUACCGCACCACAGAUUGUGCCCCCUCCUAUUCCAAGUAAAUGGUGGUUUCAAAGUGAUUCAGACUCGGGGAUUAAGGACAACGUGGGCAAGCUCCUCAAUGAGGAAGAUCAGGCUUCAUCGUUGAAUAAAAUCCAUCAGAAGUAUCGUUCACCGAAAGCCCCUGUUGUAUUCUGCCAUGGACUUCUUGGUUUUGAUACCGUAACCGUUGGACCUUCCCUUGCACCCUUACAGGUUGCACAUUGGCGUGGUAUCAAGGAAGCAUUGGAGGCAAAUGGCUGUGAAGUUCUUAUCACGCGAGUACCUGCAACAAGUUCUCCUGUAGAGCGCGCAAAAGUUCUCGAGAAAAAGAUCUCAGAAGUUUAUCCUGGCCGUGCUAUCCAUCUAAUAGGACACAGCAUGGGUGGCCUCGAUUGUCGUUACCUCACAACACACCUCACCCAGCGCAAGUUCUCUGUGAUAAGCAUCACUACAAUUGCUACUCCACAUCGUGGCUCUUCCUUCGCGGACCACUUCAUGUCGCUCGCCUCGCAGCAUCUCCCAUCCGUUCUCGCGCUUCUCGAGCUACUACCAAACGGCGGCGGCGAUGGGAAGGCAUUUGAAUGUCUUACUGUAGAAAGCAUGCGUCGGUUCAACGAAGAGACACCUGAUGCUGACGGUGUGCGCUACUUUAGUUGGGGAGCAUGCUAUGAACCAGGGCUUAUUGAUACAUGGAAAUGGCCACAUAGUGUUAUCUUAGAGAAGGAGGGUCCGAAUGAUGGGCUAGUUAGUGUCGAAUCAGCCAAGUGGGGCACAUAUCUCGGUACCCUUUCACCCGUGAACCACCUCGACCUUGUUGGAUGGACGAAUGCUGCGCGAUAUACGUGGGCCUCGAUGUGGGGAAAGGAAAUUCUUUUCAAGCCUGCUUCAUUCUACCUUGGUAUCGCAGACCUGCUGGCCGGAGUAGAGGAGAGCGAGGACGAUGAUGCUACGCUAGAGAACGGCAUGGUUGAAGGUCACCGGGAGAGAAUGCAGCAGAACCUCUUGGGUAGUAGUCCGUCUCCCAGAUCGACGCCAAGCUCGUUGCUGAGGAUGCACCCUGCACUUGGAGAGAUGGUAUCAAAAGCGCAAGAAGAAUCAAUGUCACUACCCCAGCGUACUUCCCAACCAGUGGAAGGAUCGAGAUCUGCGACAUCCCCAGAAGCACCUCCAUCAACGAAGCAGAGAUCUCUACCUCCUACACCUCCUCAUGAUGAGACACCACCUACACCACCUACAAAAUUGUCAACCCCGCCUGCACAUGUGGAAGAACGAGACUAG